GGAAUGUGCCCGGAGCGGUUUGAAUGCACGAGAACAGAGGGGCUGAGUUAAACUCUAGCCUACUACCACCACAGACAACCACAGGACACACCUACCGACAAGAAAAUUUACAGUCCUGGCACAGAGCUAAAUCCUACACUUAAAACGGAAACAUCCAUCAUAUUGAUGAAAUUAUGCUGAGUGUUUGGACCCUGUUAGCAGCUGCUAUUUGUGCAGUGCCAGUCUCAGGAAUAUCUCGAAGGGAUCUAAUCCAUGGCCGUCAGUUGUUUCUGGAUCUUCCUGAAAGGACGGCGAGUUUGGAUUUUACCUCUGCUGAUGAGAGAGAUAAGUUUACAAUCUGGGAACAUCGAGGCAUCUCUGUCUUUCCCAGUAGACCCAGUAAAGGCCAAGUAAACAGUGCUAGUAAUGGCUGGUCUUUCAUAAUCAGACAUGUUACGUUUGACGACGAGGGAACCUACACCCUGCGCAAUCACUUUGGUGCAACCAUCUCCAGUUAUACAGUGAAGGUCAACACCAACAGGGAAAUCAUUGAGCGUGUAGCAGGUGAAAAACUAAGUAUACCACUGCUAGGACUCAGGCAGAGUGAUGCCACGCUUCGUUUUUACGGCAAUUAUUCAUCUGUCAUCCUGGUGGAGAAUGGAGUUCCAGUGGGCAAGGAGAAACUAGACUAUAUUAACCGUCUUAAAGUGACCAGCGAAAUGAUCCAGAUUCUCAAUGUCAAUGUGUCAGAUUUGGGCAGAUACCAGCUCACCGAUAAUAAAGGCAGAACUGUCUCAAACUAUACAAUGCUACUAGUGGAUCAACAUCCACAUAACCCUGGUGUGGGUUUUUUAGCUUUAACGCUGCUUGGCAUUCCUUGUGGAAUCUGCUUUUGCUGCAGAAAGAGAAUCUGCAAUAGGUGCCGGACCAACAAAUCACAAACAGAGGAGUCCAACAACCUUAAUACUGUACCUGUGUCCAUACCUUGCAGCAACACAGUGAUUGAUCCUGUAGGUCCUAUAGGUCCUGGAAACCCCGGCCAGGGCUACAUCGCUGGUUAUCCAUCUCAUCCAGAUCAAGGACAGAUCCACUAUCCUCCACCAACAGAGUGGAAUGGACAACCUGCUGUUUCUCCAAACCCUGGCUUUCAACCAGCGUAUGUGCCUCAAAACCCUGUCUACCCUCCUGACUUUGGAGUUCCCCCUGCUCAGCCUCCAGAGUGGAAUGCUCCUCCCACCCAGUACAACCCACCUGCACCUGUGGCUGUGAACUAUACGCCAGGGAUAUACAGCGCUCCUCCUGGGCCUGAAGCCGCAGGGUUUAAGAUGAAUGAACCGUCUCCAAACGCACCACUGCUCACACCUCAACCUGAGUCUCACCAGUCUAAUAUGGCCAGUGUUUCCAUGGAUAUCCUAAACUCCGGUGAUUCUAGUGUCCAGUUUGACAUUAACAAAGGAAAGUCUUCUGGCAGCAACUUCCUUUAGAUCCUCCAAAAUCCUGAAUUAUCACUGUGAGGGAAACAAACACUUAGCUGUUGACUAAUCGAUACAAACCCAAGCCUUAAAAAAUAAAGGUGCUCUAAGCGAUGUCGGGUGACGUCACUUCUUGUGGAUGUUUAAAGUAUUGUCAAACAAAAUGGAGGCUAGCUAGACCCUCCCUCCUCCUCAUCCGUGCACUAUCCCCCUAAACCCUAGCGGAUAGUGAGAUGUUUGCUGUAUGUGACAAAAAAAUGUCUUUGCCUAAAAAACAUGUGACAUUGCUUAGAGCACUUUUAAUUGGAAAGAAGCUAUUUACUGAAACCAGUGAUAUACAGGGGUUGGACAAUGAAACUGAAACACCUGGUUUUACAACACAAUAAUUUGUUAGUAUGGUGAGGGCCUCA